AUGAACAGAAUACUGAUUUUAGCCGCUCUGGCCGGGGCGUGUUUGGCCCAGCAAGGUUACCUUCCACCUACCAAUGGAUUCAAUGGUAAUGGCAAUGGCAAUGGUAAUGGCAACGGAAAUGGCAAUGGCAACGGAUUCGUCAACGGCAACGGAAAUGGGGCCAAUGGAAACGUGUUCGGAAAUGGGAACGGAGCGAAUGGAAAUGGUGUGAAUGGCAAUGGUUAUAGUUACAGUAAUGGUAACGGUGUAAAUGGCAAUGGUAAUGGCGUGAAUGGUAAUGGUAAUGGUGUAAAUGGUAAUGGAGUGAAUGGCAAUGGCGUCAAUGGAAAUGGAAAUGGGUACAGCUACAGUAAUGGCAAUGGAAACGGCGUAAAUGCAAAUGGUAAUGGCAAUGGAAACGGCGUGAAUGGUAAUGGUAAUGGCAAUGGAUAUAGUUAUGGAAAUGGUAACGGAGUAAAUGGCAAUGGCAACGGCGUAAAUGGUAAUGGUAAUGGCAAUGGAAACGGCGUGAAUGGCAAUGGUAAUGGAUAUAGUUAUGGAAAUGGUAAUGGAGUAAAUGGCAAUGGCAACGGCGUGAAUGGUAAUGGCGUGAAUGGCAAUGGAAAUGGAGUAAAUGGCAAUGGAGGAUAUAGCUAUGGUAACGGAAAUGGUAAUGGUGUGAAUGGCAAUGGAAAUGCUACACCAAUGGCAAUGGAGUAA